UGCAACAAUUUUAUCUUGACCAUUGACUAAUCAGUCUGUGGUUUCAAGACAUGUUGUCCAAAACAGGUUUUACAGUUGUUGUUACAAAUUUACAUACUAAACGUUUAUGUUUUUCACAUUUAAAUAGAGGGUUCUUUUCUAGGUGAGGAAAUAUUAUGUUCAGCAACUGUUCACAAGCUCUUUCAAAUUUUAAAAGUGGAAAAAUUUGCAAUGCAAUGUCCGAUAUUUGUUUCACAACCCCUACAAAACGAGAAUUCGGAUAAGUUAGUCCCCCACCAUCUUGUAAAAAAAAUAAUUUUAAGAGAGGUCCAGGAAGUUCAAAUGAUAAUAGCGGAGAAAGACAGUCAUCACAGUGAAAUUUGUCAUCUAAUUUUUUUAUAAUGUACCCUGCUAAAAAGGGACAGAAGCGGAAUAAAUAUCUGCACGUUGUUCAAUAUUCUUGCACAAAUUGAUUCUUAAAUAUUUGUCAGCUGGAAAUCCAAAGAAAGGUUUAGUACUGUUCCCACAUAAAUAACAUUUCUUCAUGUCUAACGAUUUGUUUGCAAUUACCGCUCAAAUUAGGAUAAAACAUCAUUGUCAGUCAAUAAAGAAAUCUGUAAUUAAAAAUUAUAAUGCGUAAGGACCACCAGAGUCCGCCAGUUUAGGGUCACUUCAUGGCAUACUUUCCGUACUUGCCAAAAAAUGCCGAAUGGAACGGCCAUAUCUCUUUAGAGAUUAAUGGAGUCGGCCAUGGUGAUCCUUUUGGGUGGCGACAUCUAGAAAUAUUUUGGGCAACUACCACCGAUGACGGCUUAAAAUUUGGCUCAGAAAGAUCAAAGGCGCCGACACGAGUUGUCCAUACUGAUUGAUGUCUAUACUGUGGUUGGGGUCCAAGCUAUUCGCCGGCGAUUGACGGCUGUCACUGCUGUUUCUGUUUUCCUGUCAUUGUCACGUGGUUUUGACUUUACUGACAGUAAUCUGACUCGUUAAUCAACACUCCACAGUUGUGGGUCCCUGGUUGUGGGGGAACCAUUUAACAUUACUAAUGUGUGAUGUAAAUGAAUAUAAUUUAUCUGCAAGGGUUAGUUAGAAAGACUGAGAUAAUGACUGACAAAGAACAGCAAAACCCUCCACAUCAUCAAAGAAGGCAAGUCCCAACAAACAGGGCCCGGCCAAGUCACAGUCGCAUAUACCAACAUCUUGGUGUUAGAGACUUGAGAGAAAUAAUAGACCGUAAACGUCAAGAACGAGGCCAAAUUAAUGAGUGUGGUGUGCCCCCUUCUGAUCCUUCCUAUAAUUAUUUAAAGGAUCCUUUAAGAGAAAGUGCAGAACAAAAUGUUCAAGAGUCGAGGCAGACCUUUCCCCGAAAACCCAAAAACAAUGAUAAUUUUAAAAGAGACAGACAACAUCAAAAAGGACAAACAACAAGUCAAGUAAAAUAUAAUGAUAUCAAAAAUCCAUUAAAUAUAAAAGUUGAAUUUUCAACUUCAACUGGAGAACAUGUAUAUAAAUUGGAUGAAAGUUUAGUUUUACCAACAAUAAAACAUGUGCCUGAUCACAGGCCAGUUCAAAACCGUUCAUUUAGAGGCAGAGGACGAGGGCGUGGAAGAGGACCAAGAAGUUAUCAUACCAGAACGAUCAGAAACAACAGAUGGCAAAAUGAAUCAGUUUCAGGUAAAGUUACAAAUGCUGAAGGAAUAACACCAAUUUCAAGUACGACUGAAGAAAAUUGGGAUGAUGAAGUAACUAAAACAAGAGACAUUAGUGAACAGGAGUCUCAAGAAUGUAAAGAAUAUGAUGACGUAGAAGGUCAAGAAGAACCUCAGAGUGAACUGAAAAUACAACAGGUUAAUGAUGAUGAAAAUGUUGUUUUACAAAAGGGUAUUGAAAAUUUAACGAUGAAUGAAAGUGAGACUUUACAAGUACCAUGUAAAAAUGAAGAAUGUACCUCUGAAAGCAUAUAAUGCAGUUUUCUGUUAUUACUACAAAGGUAAUCAAGAGUAUAAUCUAUUCUAAAUUAUUUUAAACUGAAGUAAUACCCUUCAAAGUACUUAAAGUACUUAUUUAAUAAAUGUUUUAAUUGUAUUAAUAUUUUAUUUAUGAUUUCAUAAUUAAUGUAAACUACUAUAACUAUGUUUUAUUAACAACAAAAUUUAAUUUAUUUUGUACAGAUUGGAGAUUAUAUAUUAUGUAUCAUAUUAACAUGGAUUUUUGUAUAUGCACGUUUCAAAAGUUAUAAAGUGAAAUUUGCAGUUAUUAUAUUUUCUUUUGACAGUUGAAUGAAGCUCUGACCACAGUGCUCAUGUUGUCUGUUAAUCAAUCUAGAUUGCCCACCUGGUUUCUCUAUCCAAGUCUUUUGUUUUUUAAAAGUAACUUCACAAGUUGCAACGUGUCCACUAUUGAAUUUCACUUCUAUGGACUUCCAAAAAUUAAAUAAUCAGGUUCAUAUCUUUUAUUAACUUAAUUCAUAUUUUUGAAACAUGUAUAUAAAAAAUGUAGUGUAUGCAUGAAACAUGAAGCAAACGAACAACAGUAAAAGUAAGAUCAUUUUUCAAAAAAAAAUCUUCGUAUUUAAUAAUUGUGCAAAUAAAUAAAAUUUGUGGCAAAUCUAUAAUUUCUUACGAAGGAUUUCGUAAGAAAUUGAUAGCUGCCAUUUGCCAUAAAUUAAUUAAUGAUCUCUGCAUUGUAAAUUAACAAAAAAUUAAGUGACAACUAGGAUUUUUGUUGAAGAACGACUUACCGAUUGUACUUAGUUUGCUUCAUUUUUAACAGUGCUGUAGUUUUUAAAACGAUUGGUUGUGAUAUUGGCAAUAAUAACGCAUUUUAAUAAGCGAACUAAUUUAUUAUAUUUAUGAUAGAAUUUUACAUAAAUGUAUUAAAAAACACAGAGUUUU